AUGCUCAAGUCUACUCCACUUACUAAAAAAUCAUCUCGACCUUCAUCGGGUGCAAAGCGUGCCUCUGUAUCAGGAGAGUAUGCAGCUGGCGUCCCAGUGAUUAGUACCGCACAAGCACUUAAACGCUUGCAGCGCACUAGAGCAUUAUUGGAGGUUGGUGCCUUGGCCAACUCGUCGCGCUGGGCUUUAUCUGCCUCGUCAAUAGCGAGUACACGAAGCAGCACAGAUAUAACAGAGCCCUCAAGCACAAAAAACGCUAGUAUUGAUCUCAGUACAACUCAGCCCCCACAAAAUGAGUGCACGGUUAUCAUGAGACUAAUUCAUCGUGUAGUUGCAUGGAAUGCUUCGCCAAUUGCAUCUGCCAGAGCGUCUACACCCAGUUCUGCAUCAACAUCAUUUGGAUCUGAAGCUCCUUUUGCAAAGGAUGGUUCAAGUGGUGGCAAUGCAUUUAUUACGCAGCAGUGUUUUCAAACAGUACCACUUAAAGACAGUGUUGGACGAAUUGACAUUGAAUUUCAAGGAUCAACUCCAUUCAACUAUCCAUCUGUAUGCCUGUUGCUUUCAGGCGAAGAGCAACUUCAAUCAUUAAACUACCAGGAUAAUUUCAUUUCUCGUAUCGAAAAUCUACACAACUUGAUCAAUCUUGUUUUUUUAGAUUUAUACAAUAAUCACAUAGAGAAAAUAUGUGGUUUAGAAUGUCUAGUUAACUUGCGGGUGCUAAUGCUUGGUCGUAAUCGGAUUCGUCUUAUUGAAAAUCUAGAUGAGCUAGUUAAACUAGAUCUUCUUGAUCUUCAUAGUAAUCAAAUCACAACGAUUGAAAAUAUCGGAAAGUUGUCUUCACUCCGUGUGCUAAAUCUCGAAGACAAUUUGAUUGAACGUAUUCCAACUUUGACUGAGCUUGUUACAAUUGGCGAAUUAAAUCUAAAAAAAAACAAAAUUAAAUAUAUAGAUACAAACAGUCACUUGGAACAUCUUCGACGACUUAUGCUGAGCGAUAACAAAAUCAGUACAUUGAAUAAUGUUUCUGCCGUGUUUGAUAUCCCCAAUUUGACGGAGCUCACCAUGGAACAAAAUGCAGUAACCGAGCUGAACAAAUACCGCAUUUGUAUUAUUAAUAGAUGCAAAGCAUUAAAACUUCUUGACGGACGUCGAGUGCUUGACGAAGAACGACGGUCUGCUUUGAAAAUUGCCAAAAAGGACGCUGAACGGAAGCGCGAGGUUGAUCGCAAAACAAGUCAGGUCGAGGAGCGGACCAAAUGUAUUGCACACAUCAAGUCAAUGUGGGAUCAAAAUAGAUUGGACUCUUUGGCUAUUUCCGACUCUGCCAAACAUCAAACAGGAUCAAAUUCAUGCCGUCAUCAAACCUCUAGGUAUGGAGAUGGGGUAGCAGCGCUUGAUCGACUAAACUUGGAUAUGAUUACAUCAGCAGAGUUUCACAUGCUGCUACCUAUCCAACUGGAAUUGCUUUUGAAAAAAUUGAAGGAUUUUACAGCACUGACUAGUUUAGUAUUUGGACCCACUGGAAUCUCACAAUUAAAGCAGUUGCUUCCAUUGGCAAGCGUCAAGUCGCUUGUGUCUAUCGAUAUUGAUUGUCAGAACCCUAUUGUUACAAUGUCUGUAUUUCGAUCAUACAUGAUAUCACUGCUUUCUGACUCGAUAAAAACGCUGUGUAAUGUGCCCGUGACAAAGAUUGAGCGCGAAUCUGCCAGAAUUCAGUUUGGAGACCUCUGUGAAAUCAUCAAGCAAGAUACAUACAGAGCAGCGACUAGUAUCAAGCCUGUUGAACAGCAAGGAGCUCGAAACUAUGUGCGAUACCUUAUCGAUCAAGGAGUUGAAUCAGAUCAAAAACUGAAAAUGAUGAACGAAAUCUGGCAAAAGUUAGUCCUCAAGACUUGUGCCAAUACAAUUGUGCAACAGGAUAACCCAUCUCGAGGAAUAGAUGCUUUAGCACACGCUGUUGCAGAGUAUAUGCCACCGUCUUGA